CGGACUCGCAGCAUCCUGACGUCGUCUCUCGGAGCACAAAGUGAAAAAACGCAGCUCGGGGAGAUGCUGCUUCGUCCCAGAGAACGCACGGAUUCACGAGGACGCGCGUCUCUCACCUCCUUCAGGGACCUUUUUUUAAAGGAAUAUUUCUAUUUAUAAUUCGGACAGUAAUCGUGUGUUUCUAUUCAUUUUUUAUGGCCGCCGCCGCCGUCCCCAGCAUCAGCACCAGCAGCGCAGGGCCGCCGGGAUUCAACCAGCACACCUAGCGGCUCACCGCCAUGCUUCCCUGUCUCAAACCCCGGAGAAGAGCUCAGCGCGACGCAUCCUAGUGAGGACCAUCAGGACCCAGACGCCCCCCCUGACCUUUGACCUUGGCCCGGGACCUCGUCCCCAUGGCGCAGCGGAGCGUCGACUGAUCCAACCCAGAACGCCAAAGAUGACAGAGAGCCGGCGGAGGAGGGAGCCGAGAGACGCAGGACGGCAACUCAGCGAGGCCCCAAGGACGUGAACCUCCUCCUCCUCCUCCUCCUCCUCCUCCUCCUCCUCCUCCUCCUCCUUCUUCAUGUGCCGUUCGUGGAACCCAACGCACCGACGAUUGUUGAUUCACGUCCACCACCGAAGAAGAGUGUCUCUCCCCCUGGACGUCUCUCUGUAAGUGAGGAGUUUUAAAGUCAAAGACAGCGAAGACGAUUGUUCUUCGAAACCCUCGAACUUUCCGUCGGGAUCGAAACAAUAAAACAGUUGAAGGUGGAGACGUCGCGAUGACGCACCUCCACGCCGGCCUGAGCCCGGAGACCACGGAGAAGGCCCGCCUGGAGCUCAACGAGAACCCGGACACGCUGCACCAGGACAUCCAGCAGGUGCGGGACAUGAUCGUGACGCGUCCCGACAUCGGCUUCCUGCGGACGGACGACGACUUCAUCCUCCGCUUCCUGAGGGCCAGGAAGUUCGAGCAGGCCGAGACCUUCCGGCUGCUGGCCCAGUACUUCCAGUUCAGGCAGCAGAACCUCGACAUGUUCCAGAGCUUCAAGGUGGACGACCCUGGCAUCAAGCGGGCGUUGAUGGACGGAUUCCCCGGCGUCCUCGAGACGCCGGACCAACAUGGCCGAAAGAUCCUCAUCCUGUUCGCCUCCAACUGGGACCAGAGCAGGAACUCCUUCACUGACAUCUUGAGGGCCAUCCUCCUCUCUCUGGAGGUCCUGAUCGAGAACCCUGAGCUCCAGAUCAACGGGUUCGUCCUCAUCAUCGACUGGAGCAACUUCUCCUUCAAACAAGCCUCCAAACUCACGCCCAACAUCCUCAAGCUGGCCAUUGAGGGGCUCCAGGACAGUUUCCCGGCCCGGUUCGGGGGGAUCCACUUUGUGAACCAGCCGUGGUACAUCCACGCCAUGUUCACCAUCAUCAAGCCCUUCCUGAAGGACAAGACCAGGAAACGGAUCUUCCUGCAUGGGAACAACCUGAACUCGCUCCACCAGCUGCUGCAGCCCGAGUGCCUCCCCUCAGAGUUCGGGGGGACGCUGCCCCCCUACGACAUGGGCAUCUGGGCUCGCUCGCUGCUCGGACCCGACUACAGCGACGAGACCGAGUACACGCUGACCUACCACGCGCUGCACGUCAGCGGGGGGGGGGACAAGGACGCCAUGAGGAGGUCUCAGUCGGUGGUGGAACCAGGAAGCCUGAAGACAACAGACCGAGAGACCAGCACCCCCCUGCUGGCCCUGGACUGACCCCCCCCCCCCCCACACAC